AAAGUUGACGCAUGCGCUCUGACCCACCCAAAUCGCUGCUGCAAAUACCCUGCGACUUCCUGCCGUAUUUUUGCCCGUUUUUGUUAGGAAAAAGAGCCCUUAUUUCGGGAAACACAGUCAUGUCGGCGGGUUUAGGCAGCGCCCCGCUCUUCGCCUGCACCAAGUGCAACAGCAGGCAUCCUUUCGAGGAGCUCUCGCAGGGACAACAGUUGUGUAAGGAUUGUCGUCAAGCACACCCUGUCGUGAAAUGCUUGUACUGCAGGGCUGAGUUUCAGCAGGAAAAUAAGAGCACCAUCUGCAAGAAAUGUGCACAGAGUGUCAAGGCUUACGGAACACCGACCAUCUGUGAGUUCUGUAACCUGAUUGCGGCAUUUAUCGGGUCCAAGUGCCAGAGGUGCACCAACCUGGAGCGGAAGUACGGCCCGCCCUCCACCUGCGACCAGUGCAAACUCAGGUGUGCCUUCGACAGGAAGGACGACAGCAAGAGAAAGGUGGACGGGAAGCUGCUGUGCUGGCUGUGCACGCUGGCCUACAAACGGGCCCUGCAGAAGGCCAAGAAGAGGAAACAUGCAGACCACAGCCACGUGUCCUCCCACUCCAGCUCCCACCACAACUCUCACCACAAGGACAAGUCCAAGCACCACAGUGGACUCCCGACUGUUUUCUCCAGGUCUUCCACUGGCCACCACCACCAUCAUCAUCACCACCACCACAGCAGCAACAAGAAGGCCAAGGUGGAAAAAUCCACUGCCAAUGGCAGUGCAAGGUACAGGCAAGCUUUGCCUACCUCUAGUUCAAGUUUGGUCCCUCUAAAGAAACCAAAGUUGGACCAGAGAGCUAAUGGCUUCGCAAGCUCCUCCGAGUUGGCGGACAUCACGAGUACGGAUCAGAUGAUCGCCAUGACACAGCUUCGGGAGGAGGUCGCCAGUCUGAAGAAACAGAUCGAACAGAAGGACAAACUUCUCCUGGAGAAGGAGAAAAAGAUCACAGAGCUGAAGGCAGGUCAGUGGGAGACGGAGAAGGAGAUGAGGAACAAGAUCCAGAACAUGCAGAAAAGCCACCAGGAGGCCGUGGAGUCUCUUCAGACCAAGAAUCGAGACCUGCAGAAACAGAUCUCCCAGCUGAGCAGUAAGAAGCCAAAGGCCCCCACAGCCGCCUCCGCUGCCACCUAACAACACCCCGCUACUCCUGUCUGUCAUAACCCUGUCUGUUACAUCCAACACAGAGAAGUUCUCUC